AGGUUCCUUUUUGGCUCAAGGCCGCAUCCGCCCAGAGGCCAUCUGCACGUGCGUGCCUGGGGCGGCGUCGGCGUGGACGCCCCACGGAUCCCCCAACUUGGCCACCGGAGGGGGUCCGCGGGGCCUCCACUGCAGGGGGCCCGCGCCAGGCGCAUUCCAGCCUGACACUGCCGACGAUCACGGGGCAAGGAACGCUGGCUCACCUGCCGUUGCCAUGGGGCCCGGGGCGGCGCCAGCGGGGGCCCGCUUCAGCAGGCCGGUCCGGCUCGCGCUCUGGCAGGGCGCGCUGAACGCCCCUGGCGAGUGGGAGGCCGAGCUGCGGGAGGUCGCCAGGUCGGCCAAGGAGGGCGGGGCCGAGUUGCUGCUGACGCCAGAACUGUGCCUGCCCGGGUUCCACUUCUUCGGCCAUUCCGGGUUCUCGGCCCAGCGCGAGGCGGUGGAAGCGCGGAUCGCCACCAUCGCCAGCGAGGAGGGGCUCGCGUUGUGCGUCGGGUACGCGGAGAGGAGACAUGGCGCGCGUGAUUUUUGGAACACGGCCGUGUUGGUUGAUUCGGCCGGGCAGGUUAGGCACCGUUACCGCAAGCACCAUUUGUGGGGCAAUGAGGCGAAUCUCGGCAUCGUGGCCUCGGACGAGGACUUGGAGGUGGUCGAGGGGCCCAAAGGUGUCCUGAAUUGUUGUCCUGCCAAUGGCCACACAAAAUACUUUGAGCGGGAAAGCUUGCCGCUGUUAUUAAAGGUUCGUUCUUGUCCAGAUGGGGCAUGCCGCCGAAAACAAGAACAACUGUACACUUGAUAAUGCUACGCCAAACCUCUGGCCGACAAGACGCUUAAGAGUGGGAAGAGCCUCGCGCAUAGCCAAGUGUUUGCGCGCUGUUUCUAUUGAUUACAUCCACAUGCACUGCACACCUUCAAAAAGUGUCAAUGUAUUUGUUAUUUGCCUUCAGGCCUGUCCCACCACUGUGCCUGGCUUGCGGGCGCGAGGUGCGGUGGAGGGGUAUGGAUUUCCACAUCCCAAACAGGCAGAAGAGGUCGUUGUGGAAACCGAGACCUACGCCCAGAGGGCUUGUGGGAGUUCGAUGGUGUCUCGAUGCUGUCUCGAUUGAUGUGUGAUAUUGUUGCGGUGGUGCGUCGAUUGCAUUAUGAUCGCAUGUUUACGUUCAUCUUGUGAUAUUCUCAUUGUGUCUCUUGAUUUGUGCUACGUCCUAUCGAUUGUUUGAUGGCGUUCCCAUUGAGCCAAUUCGCUUUCUUGCUCUGCAGUUGAUCCUAAACCAGGGCCAGAACAGAGAGCACGGCAGUCUGUCUUUCGGGUCGUGUUUUCCGCCGUUGGAGAGGUGCAUCGAUCUCCGCAUUAAGAAAACAUCAUGAUUUGUUUUCAGUCGCGGCAACAUGCGAGCAGAGGUCGUCGUCGCCCAUUUGAUUGUGUCUUCGCUCGAGCCGUUGGGAGUGAGCUAUUCCGUGUUGGUCCGCCCUUUUGUUCUUUCUAGUUUAGGGGAUGGGACAUCAAAACGGUCACGCGAGAUAUUUUUCGGGGCCAGGAUGGGUGUGCGAUCACAUGCGGGCAGGGAGCUUGGUAGCUGCACUGGAAAAGCAAAGUAUCGUAGAGGAAGUCAGGAUCGUAGCCUAUUGCGCGACGCAGUGAACCCAUGCACCACGUCACAGUUGCUCCUCGGCGGCUCGAGGUGUUGCAGCGAUCUCGGGAAUCCCGGAAGCAGUAUACCCGCCCACUACCGGCUCCAGGAGGAGGAGCAACAGCAGAUAGAGACAUGUAAAGAAUCGGGAGCCUCGAGAUGGGGGUCCUUGUAAAAAGGGGUCAGCCAGAGCGCCGGAUCUUGCAGGAUCCUGCAAAGCCAGGGGCGCUUUGACCCAGGCUAGCGCGCAGGAUGCUGCAGUGCCCUGCAGGAUUUUGCAGGAUCCUGCAAAGCCCGACUGACCCAGGUUUGCAUUGACCUGGGCUAGUACGCCCCCGAAAGAAAGGGUGUGCGGAGGGAGGAUAUCCCAUGCCGGCGUCAAGAAGCUGCAGCAGGUCCCCAUCGGGGGGCCAUGAAGGAGCUCAGACGUGGUAAAUCCGAAACUCUGGCAAGGAAAGCUGAAUAUUGAAGGUCCUGGACGGCGCAGUGGAAACAGCAGCAGCGUGAAGCGAAGGGACGGAGUGGAGUGCAAAACCUCAUCCGACCAACGCCGAGAUCGACGAAGCCGUUGCCGAUGCCGCUGUCGACGCUGCCGACGCCGACGAUGACAGGCCGACGUCGUCCACGGCGCCACGCCGUCAUCGUCGUCGUCCUCGGCGUCUUUCACGUCGACGUCGUGCCGACGGCGUCAUCUCGUGCCUCAUCCGACCGGCGCCGAGAGACGGAGAGGUUGUCGAGCUGGACUUCCCCGGGCCGCCUUCGCCCUGCCGGGUCCGGGUCGGGGUGCUGAUCUGCUACGACGUGGAGUUUCCCGAGAUGGGCGGGAACUAAGGCAAUGCAUCACAGGCCAGCGAAGAGGCCCGCUCACGGCAAGUAGGCACUCUAGUCGGGUAUGCUCCGAGCCGCCCAGCCACGACGUAACCCCACACCAUUUCAUCGGAGCGUCCGUCGAAGGGCCACCACCCGUCUGCCGCAAGAGGUACCCCUCCCUGCUAUGGCUUUCCGUAGGAGUAGUAGUAGUAGUAGUAGUAGUAGUAGUAGU